AUGUCAGAAAGAAAGCCGCUCCAGCAUACUUUGAAGGGCAUCAUCGCAGGAGGUAUUACAGGAGCAAUCGAGAUUCUCAUAACCUUCCCCACGGAAUACGUAAAGACGCAGCUUCAACUUGACGAGAGAAUGGGUGUUGCCCGGCGGUACCACGGUCCAAUCGAUUGUGCCAAGAAGACAAUUCAGUCGCAUGGAUUUCGCGGACUCUACCGCGGCCUUAGUGUUCUUCUUUACGCUGCUAUACCGAAGUCAGCAGUAAGAUUUGGUGGUUUUGAAGAAUUCAAGCGCCACAACGUCUCCCCGGAUGGAACUCUCACGCCAGGACGCAAACUCUUCUGUGGAAUGGGUGCUGGUGUCUGUGAAGCCAUCCUAGUGGUCACUCCGAUGGAGACGGUGAAGGUCAAGUUUAUAAACGACCAGACCUCGGCCAACCCGCAUUAUCGAGGCUUCGUUCAUGGUGUCCGCAGCAUCUCGAAAGAAUUUGGCCUCUCGGGAUUGUACAAGGGCGUCACUCCAACCAUCUUUAAGCAGGGUACCAACCAGGCUAUUCGCUUUUUCGUAAUGGAGACCCUGAAGGAGGGCUACAGGUCGUACCGUGGCGACACGACGCCGAAUCAGCCGGUGCCCAAAAUGCUGACUGGUGUGUUCGGCGUUUUGGCUGGUGCCGCCUCGGUGUACGGUAACACCCCGCUUGACGUGAUCAAAACUCGGAUGCAGGGUUUAGAUGCCCACAAGUACAAGAACACGUUCGACUGCGCGCGCAAGAUCCUGAGAGAUGAAGGUCCCCUUGCGUUUUACAAAGGCACGGUGCCGCGUCUGGGUCGCGUGUGCUUGGACGUCUGCAUAUCGUUUAUGAUCUACGACACCUUCAUGGAGAACUUCUCGAAGGUAUGGUCGGACCCAAAACCCAAGCCCUAG